UUUGAUGCGAUAUGGCAUUGCUAACAAUAAAAAUCACUUGUUCGACGAAUGUGGGAAAAGAAAAUCAAAAAGUCAAAUAAAGCGACCGACCACCCGCUGUAUUGCAAAUUGGACGAUUAAUUGUUUGUUUGUAAGAUUAAACCGUUAUAGGUUCAUAAUUUGUUAAUAAUUUAAAAAUUAAAGCAUCGAAAUCAGCUACAACGCAAAGCAAAGCUCGGCUCAGAGAGUGGCCAGGGAACUUGAAAACUGCCGGGAAAAGCAUCUAGUUGAAGUGGACUUUUCGCAGCCUUUUGCUCGGACGUACCGUGAAGCGAACUCAAUUAUUAUACAUACGUACAUAUAUUGAAAUACAUAAUUUAUAAUGGAGAAUAUACCAUCGAGCGCCAAUGAUGUUAUUGGCGGCAAUAUAUUAUCAACGCUAGAAUCUAAAGAUUCCAAAGUUACACUUGGGUCAGUCACACCCCUUGCUGAGGUCGAGAAACUAUCCUAUGAAAUCCACCGUUACUCCAGCUUUUCUACCAACUAUUUCCCUGAAAAUAUACUCGUAGAUUGUCCAAGUGAUCAGUCUUCACGUUGGUCAGCGCACACCAACAAUCCACCGCAAUAUCUUACUCUGAAGCUAAAGCGUCCUGCCAUUGUGAAAAAAAUCAAAUUUGGAAAGUUUGAAAAGUCUCACGUUUGCAAUAUCAAAAAGUUUCGAAUUUUUGGAGGUCUUGAUGAGGAACGCUUGGUAUUGCUCCUAGAAGGCGGUCUUAAAAAUGAUAAUGUGCCAGAAGUGUUUAACUUGCGAUGCAAAACCGAAGACGGUUCAGAACAGCUUCCUAUUUUGUUUGUGAAAAUCGUGCCGUUACUGUCGUGGGGACCAACAUUCAACUUUAGCAUUUGGUAUAUUGAAUUGCAUGGCCAAGAUGAUCCAAUGUAUACCAGUGCGAGUUUAAAAAACUACAAUAUGCUGCGUGAGAUAGAGAUCGUAAAAUUGUGCUUGAAACACUUUCGCCAACAGGGCUACGAUGCCGCAUUUAGGGCUCUUCAAGAACAAACACAAGUACAAUUGGAACACACGCUUAUAAGCGAGCUGCACAAGUGUCUGGUCAUGAGUGGCGAUUUUGAAAAGGCUGAACAAUUCAUAACUGAGUGUGUGAAUGAGGGUCUAAUGGACGCCUACCUAAACCGCCAGGAUUAUAUACACACCUGGCGUAUGCAACACACUGAAAGCAGCACACAACCGGGCAAUCGUGGCGGUCAUCAAUUGGUUGUGGAUACUAAAAAACGUUUGGUGUAUCUGUAUGGUGGUUGGGACGGGUACCGUGACCUCAGCGAUCUGUGGGUCUUCGAUAUAACAAAUAAUAGCUGGACAUUGCUGUUUGAACAAACUGAACUUUUUAAUGGACCCACUCCACGUUCAUGCCAUAAAAUGGUCUUUGAUUCUGUUAGUGAAAACAUUUUUAUGCUGGGCCGCUAUUUGGACAACUCCAUUCGUACAACAGAUUAUAUAAAAAGCGACUUCUUCCUGUAUGAUACGCGAGCGCGAACGUGGUUGCAAAUCUGCGACGAUACUAGUCACGUAGGGGGACCACACCUUGUCUAUGAUCAUCAAAUGUGCAUUGAUAGCGAUAAGCGCACAAUUUAUGUAUUUGGUGGAAAAAUUCUCACACCACGCAGCGUUUCAAACACCACAACGAAUGAACCCGAAUAUUCGGGUCUAUUCUCGUAUCACAUUGCCACCAACACUUGGACUCAGAUACUCGUCGAUUGUCACCAUCCAAGUGCUGCACAGGCAGAUGUACUCUCUAUAAAGUCCCGUAUUACCCACUGUAUGGUCUUUCAUAUGAAAAAUCGCAAACUGUAUAUUUACGGCGGUCAGCGGGGUAAAGAGGAUAUCGAUGACUUUAUCACUUAUGAUGUAGACACUCAGGCCAUUUCAGUGCUUAAUAAAGACAAUAACACCUGUGGCGGUGCUGGUGGCAGUAGCGUUUGUAGCCACAGCAGCGGUGGAGGUGACGCCAAAAAUGAACCGUCGCCAGGUUACACGUUGCGGGCUACAAUCGAUUGCGAUCGUGAUGAAAUUUAUAUCUUCUCCAGUUUGAGUAAACUUAAAGAUCGUCGUGAUAUCCAACAUAUUGACGCCUCGAAUUCAUUUUGGGUAUAUUCGCUUAAAAGUUACACAUGGUCCCGUAUUUAUAACUGUCGCCAUAAUGCUGAAACUGGAAAUACGACUGUUAAGAAUGAUAAGCUCGAACCAUGUCCACGCUACGCACAUCAACUGGUUUACGACGAUGUCGCAAAGUUGCACUACCUCUUUGGCGGGAAUCCUGGCAAGUCGGCGCGGCCCCAAAUGCGUCUGGAUGACUUUUGGACACUUGAGUUGGAAAAACCUAAAAGGAAUGAAAUAUUAAUGCAUUGCCGUUACCUGGUCCGCAAGUUACACUACGAAGAAAUGGCACGCACCGAUCAGCUUAAAGCAAUGCAAUAUUUGCGCAAUCAUGUCGCCGAAGUUAUUGAUCACUCGAAUGCAGAACAAGUGAACAAUUUCCACAAACUAGCAUCUUUGCUUUUUCGUACGGAUGAUAGCAGCGCUGCUGCUGGCCGAUCCCCAUUGGCUACGCCACCAUUGGGAAAAGCCCUAAAAAUGGACAGCAGCAUACAGGUGGAAAACUUAGCAACCGACAUGACUACUGAAUCUGCCGAAAGCGGCGAUAAACAGCCGCCAGAUGAAGACGAUUUAUCAAUGGAAUCAUGUGAUAGCACUGCAACGUCUUCUUCAAUGUCAGCAGUUUCCGAUUUGGCUGUUCGCCAUGGCCGGCGGAGUAGCAGUAAGCGAUCACACGACGGUAAACUGCAAGAAUUGCGCAGACGGCGUGCUUUUCUCUUUAAUAAGCUUGUUCAACUAAUGCCGGCUAAUAUGGUUCAACCGGAAAGGAAUCUGAGCGACUUUGUUGUCAUGUAAACUUUCUUUUACACUAUGUAUUCUGAAACGGAUUAGUAUAUUUUUAGACCCUGUUUCUUGUUUUUUUUUUUUUUUGGGAAAGCUGACGUUAUCGCUGGGAUCGUGAACCAGUAGACUGUAUUCCAAAUACAUGUUGAACGCUUUUAAAAAGCAAAUAAUACCGAUAAAAAAAUUUUAGAUACUGUUUCCAGUGUUACAAAUAUGCCUUAAGAAUCAUUUGACCGCAGAGGAAGGAAACAAUUAUAUGCAUAUUUUGACAAGUUUUUUU